UCUCCUCACCAAACCGCCGCCGCACCCAUCUCCUCCACCCAUAAUCGAACUUCUCAUCCUCUGCCGCCGCCAUGGCCGGGGAAAAGACUCGCGAACUAGAGUUGAAGAAGAUGAAGAAGAUGACGAGGGGUCCGUCGUCGUUCACGCCUUCUCCCGGCUGUAUCCAAUGUGACUGGCCGCCGUCCACGGUGACUGAAGAGGCAGUGCAGAAGUUGUGUCGGAAUAGGGAUGGAGGUUGCCAUCCGCCAACAACCUCCAUCCCUAGUCGGCGAACUACCAGAGAAGAUGAAGAAUCAGAGGAUGAAACUGAUGAAGACAAUGAGGACGAAAGUGAAGAUGAAGUGGAAUAUUUGCCUUCUCCAGAUGCCAUUCGGGAGGGUCGGACCAAGAUGAACCAGGAUCCGAGUGGAGUCACACCAACCACUCGGGCGACUAAGCGUGCCCGAGCGGAAGCAAAGCAACAAGCAUCUCCUCCUCCAGCCAUAGGAAAAGGAACGGUUGAAGUCAUAAACCAAAAACCCCGGAAGGUUGUCGCUCUGCCAAUGAUGAGGAAACCAAUGCCUAUUGUUUCAAAGGUUGUCCCUUCUGCAAGCUUCACCAUCCAAGCAACUGAAAAUAUUUCAAAUAGAUCCAAGGGGACGCUCGACGCUGGUGUUGUGUCUUCAAAAGUCGCUAAAGAAGUGAACCCCGCUAUAGAGCUUGAGUCGGGCCACGAGCAAGCUCGCAACUCACAGGAAAUCCUUCCAAGCCUGAGUGAAAGCCCAAUCCCCAUGGAUACUACUCCUGGUAAAUCUCCAAGUCAUCCGAAGAUUCAGUCGAGUGAGUCGAUUCAGACCCCGAUUGCACGGGAGCCAAUAAGCCCAAGUACACUAGAAGUGUCAUCUCCUCGUCGGAACCAAACUCCAUCCAUUUUUUCUACAUCUUUCUCACUAGAACGGUCCCUAGAGGAUGAAGUGAGUGCAAGCAAGGAGGCCAUGUUGCAGGCCGAGCAGAUGGAGACUCGGCUGAAGGAGUUGCUCAUAUUGAACGAAACACUGAAGACCAACAUCCAAAAAACUUGUGAACUUGGAACCAAAUACUUAGGUUUACAGAAGGAGCUCAAGAAGGUACGCCGGGAGCUUGAGGAAGAACAAGGCAAGACCAUGCGGCUUGAAAAGGAGAAAACUGCUAUGGAAGAAUCCAUGAAGAACACCAUAGAAGAGAAAGACAUUGCUCUUGGCAAAACUAGGGAGGAAGCUGAUGCUAAGACCAAGAAAGGCGAUGAUAGGUGGGAGGAGCUCCAAGAGAUUAGACAGAUGAAUGAUCACUACAUGAAGGAGGUGGAGGACAUGAAGAAGCAAAUCAAAGAUCUAAAAGCAUGCGAGUCUGAAUGGCAUACCAAAUAUCUGAAAUGGUAUGAUCUUGCAGAAAUGACCAAAAUGAAGUAUGAAAAGGAUCUUGGCGAUCUUAAGCAAGGAAUGUAUGACGCCGAAACCUUCUUGGUGGGACAACUAGAUGAGGUUAACCAGAGGCUUGAGGUGUUUUGCCCUGAUCCUGUCAUGGAGGAUCAUAAAGUGCAGAAGGAGCUUGAAGCAUAUGGUAUCGACAUCAAAGAAACUCCCUGGGCAUCCACUCGGGUUGCUGAGGCUGUAAUACGACUAGAUGAAAGAGCAAAAGCAGCAAAAGGCGUCAUAGCCCAAGUGAGAAAAUCCAUGAAGGGCAUCAAUGCAACUCUGCAUCCUGGAGAAGAGGUUGAUGAAGCUCUACCAAUUUGUUUACAACAUCUUGAGCAAGUGCCUGGGCGAGUAUCGAGGUUCAAGAAAUCUGUUACUCGUUGUGGAGCUAAUGUAGCUCUAGCUCUCACUCGGGUUCAUUUCCCCAAGAUAGAUGAAGUGAAGCUGCAGAAUAUUGGCGUGGGCAAUCCGGAGGGUGAUAACUUUGAAGACCACAUGAAAACUUUCAUGAGAACCGCCGGUCAGAUUGCUUCCCUCAUCGGCCUGGACCUGUGUGCUGAGCCGACUAGAGUGCCAGACACCUCGGAGGAGGAGCUUGCAGAAGAAGAAGAGAAAAUAAAGUGAGAAGAUUGAAGUGUUCAAUUUGCCUCGGAAUGCCGAGUAAAACUGCAAAAACGUUAAUUCCGACUGAGGAGCGGGGCUCUUGAACCUUUUAAUUAUUUUGAUUAAGUACUUGCAACCGGGACAAGCUUUAAGUUGUUUUUUUGACUUGUUUUUCUUUGAUUCUUGCACAAUUCGUUCUUGAGCCGAUUGGAUUUCUUUA